AUGCUCGCCUUUGCUGCUCGUCGAAUUGCUUACACAUUGUCUUCUCGUAUCGGUCAAGUCUUAGUAACAUCUCUUUCACGUACGCCGAUGACUCUGGUUCGACCACUAUCGUUAACUCCGGUCUCCCAUAAUUUUCCGAAUAUGCAACAAAUGAUGGACGAACUAUCGAAAAAUCCGAAAGCAAUGGCACUUUUUCAAGCAAUCAAAAAGGAUCCGAAGAUUAUGCAUGCAGUACAAGACUUAAUUGAAACAAUGAGCCGAAAAGGUUACAUUGAUUUGAAAAAUCCUACCAAACAACCAAGUCUUGCCAUGCUUGCUGACAAUGAAAUUCGUACGAAAUUGUUUGAAUUAGUGAGAUUAUUAGCUGCUGCUGGUGUAUUCGAUACAAAAGCUGGCGCCAAUCCACUGGAAGCAUUUUCUAAUGUGAUAGGUCUUUUGAUGCCUUCGUCGUCAAAAGACAAGGGGAAGGAUCGUUUAGCCGAUGGAAAACAGUCUUCUUCUUCUUCGGCACCAAAAUAUGAGUUCACAUACGAUGCCACAGGAAAAGAGAAGAAAGUUCAAUCAACUGAAGACACUGCAAGAGCAUGGGCAGACAAAUUCAAGAAAAUGUUCAAAUAA